UCGGAAGUGCCGACGAAAUUUACGCAUAGAAAUAUCACUGACGUGUCCACAGUCCACAAAAGGGGAACUACUUCAAGGGUUCAUGAUUAUUCCUGUUUUAUACAAGCAGAUAACAACAGUGCUCUAAAGAUCGUGCAACUAGCCUAAUCAACCUGUGAAAAUCAUGGCGUCGCUGUUAAAUACUUUCGUAAAUUCGUUCUCGCACAGACUCGAUGCACCGGUCAGACAACAUCUGAAAAAUGUUUACGGGUGUCUGUCCUUGUCGGCUGCAUCCGCCGCCUUAGGAGUCUACGCUCACCCGUAUACAGAGCUUCUGCAGAUUAACACGCUGACUUCUCUUUGCACUUUCGGGUUGCUAAUGGCUCUACUGUGUACACAGGACAAUGGAAAGAAUCAGAAGCUGCGGCUUGGCUUUUUGCUGGGAUUUGCAUUUAUGUCGGGCGUUGGAUUGGUACCUUUAUUUCAAAUGAUUAUUGCAGUUGACCCAACUAUUAUAGUCACAGCACUAGUAGGAACCUUGGUUGUAUUCGUAUCGUUCAGCAUCUCCGCCCUUUUGGCUGAACGAGGUCGCUGGUUGUACCUUGGCGCAAUGCUAAUAAGCUUGCUGAACCUUAUGCUCCUAUUCUCGUUUAUCAAUCUCUUCCUUCGUUGGUCAUUUUUCUACCAGGCUCACUUAUAUGGUGGAUUAUUCCUAAUGUGCGCCUUUGUUAUCUAUGACACCCAGUCCAUCAUCGAGAAAUUCCAUAUGGGCAACAAAGACUUCAUUUUGCACUCUCUAGAUCUUCUCAUGGACUUCAUUGGAAUUUUCCGUCAUCUUCUCAUCAUCCUUACACAAAAGGAAUUAGCAAAAAAUCAACGUAAACGUAAAGAAUAAAAAGAGGUGAGAAGAAAAAAAAUGUAAAAUAUCAUACCAUUCAAGUAAAAUCCAUGAACUAGAGGUCUUCAUCUAGUCUAUCCAUAUGUAAGACAUAUUUACUACGAUAAAGUGAAUUAACGUAACAAUAAAGCUUAUUUAUUGCGUCGAAAAAUUUUUAGGCGGGAGUUGGUCAUAAAUACGCAAUUGUAUUUAUUUUGGAUUACUUAGUUGGUCACUUCUUUUUUCAAUUAUCUAUUAUCUACUAGAUUUAUAUACAUGUAUACAUACAUAGAUAUAAAUUUAUUGUACUAUA